UCAUUUCAAUUCUGUAAAGAAAGGAGCCUGAGAAAAAAAGAAAUUAAAUAAUUUUUUAAGGGAAUUGUUCAUACUUUUAAACUAUUCUGCAGAUUGGGUAAUACUGUCAUUUUGGUGGACAGGUUCUGAACCUCAUUUCUGGACUUUUCUAUUUGUUUUUUAUUUUAAUUUCCUCUGGCUCUGGGGGUACAAAAUGAUUCUGUUUUCUCUUUCUAGUCAACAAAACACCCAAGAAAAGCAGAAAAACAGUGUCUCACAAAUGAUGACAUCCCUUAGCUGAUGAUAUUAUUGUUAAUUUCUUACUCUUUUUUGACUCUCUUUCUUUGUUUUUUACUGUCUGUCUUUCUCUCUUUUAUCUUUUCCGAUUGAUGUGCUUGGACUCUUGAGCAAAGUAAAAAGCCCCUAUAUAGAGUUUACCUUGUCAAAAAGAUGAAAAACUGAAUCAUCCAUGAUCUAUCAAACUGAAGCUUUUCUUUAGAUCAUAAACAGAAAUCACAGCAAGGAAAAUAUUUGACAGUUUCUCUUAUUCACUUAUUUAUCUGGUACCUGAAAUGACCUCAUUGGGUUUUAUCUGCUAGAAACCCAUCAAACUCAGCUCUGCCCCAAGUACUUGCCAAACAUGGCUCAGCAGGAAGAAGGUUGGCCUCUGGGUUUGCAGCCAAUUAAUGUAAGAGUCGGUUUGGGUAGAAACAAUGAUUUUUCUGGAUCAGUUUCAUUCAACACUUUAAUCACCGGCUCUCCAACCUCUUCCACUGAUUCUUCAUCAGAUUUAGAUACAGAGUCCACAGGAUCUUUCUUCCAUGAUAAGAGCAUCACACUUGGGAGCCUUAUAGGUGUUACCAGCAUUCUAGAGCUGUCAAGAAAGUCACUUAGGGGAAGGAAAGCUGAAGAUAAUUGUAAAGAAAAGAAGAACAACAAUGGGAAGUCUAGGAUAUGGUUUUUCUCUCUGUGCUCAAGGAACAGCACUGAUGCUGAGAUUGUGAACAACAAUAAUGGUCCAUCACUUGGCCAUUUUCUUGCAGUGGAGAGGAAAGCUGCCAAUGAAUGUAGAAGGAACCAAAUGAGCCCUAACAUCUAUGGACCAGACGAGUUUUCUGUACCUCAGCACGUUUCAGAACCAAACUCGCUAUUCGUUGAUGGCCGAGUUGCUCCUCCUCGGUCAAGUCCAUUGUGUAGUACGGAGGUUGAGAGGAGAAUUAAAGAUGCAGAAUUGGAACAUGGCAUUGGACAUGGGAUUCCAUUGCUGUUCUCAUGCAUGUGUGGACAACACUCCCACUGACUAAAACAUUUGUCACAGUUCCUUUGUUAUUAUUAUUUUUUUAAUGUAUCGGUGGGUAAUUGAAUUUCAUGUUGGUGGUAUGAAAUAAUAAGAAAAAGGUAUUUAUUCAA